AUUAUUUAUAUUAUUAGCGUACGCUCAUGGAUUUCUAAUUGACGUAAUUUAAGGUUGUUUUAUAUCGUGCAGCGUUUACCGUAAUCGUUUUUGUUAAUUCGUUAACGGACCGUGCUUUAUCGAAGAAUAAUUACACGGUUGACGCAAAUUAGUGAUGUUUUGAUGUGAUUGCUUCAUUAACGUUAAAUAAUCAAGUGUUUCCACACAUCUCUACACAUUUCACGUCUUGCGACAGUUCCAAUAAUGGCUAAUCAUGAGGACAAGAGCGAGAGCUCCGAGAUGGAAGUCGAGAAGGAAGGAGAGGAACCUGAGGAUCCCGACAAGAUAUUGGUUAUAGAUCCUAAUAGCGAGGAACUAGAUUUCAAUCACUCGAGAUUAACCAAACUAGAAAAUCUGGAGCCACUGACGCAGAUACGAAAACUGUGCUUUACGUGGAACCUGAUUAAGAAAAUAGAGAAUCUUGAUACAUUCACCACUCUGGUCGAACUAGAAUUAAGGGAUAAUCAGAUCAUGAUCAUAGAAAAUCUGGACGCUCUCACAAAUUUAGAGGUUCUAGAUCUGUCAUUCAAUCGCAUCAAGAAGAUCGAGGGAUUAGAUAAUCUAUCGAAUCUAGAAAAACUAUUUUUAUCGUCGAACAAGAUCUUGCGUAUCGAAAAUGUCGCGCACCUGGCGGACCUCAAGACGCUGGAAUUGGGCGACAACAAGAUACGCGAGAUCGAGAAUCUGGAGGGCCUGGAGAAGCUCACCAGUCUGUAUCUUGGUAAGAACAAAAUUACUAAGAUACAGAAUUUGGAGAGCCUGCAGGAACUCACGUUAUUAAGUGUACAAAGUAAUCGGAUUACAAAGAUCGAGAAUAUCGAAGCGCUGAAGAAGCUGGAUCAGCUGUACUUGUCUGAGAACGGUAUAACGUGCAUAGAGGGUAUAGAAAAUUCCCCCAAACUGACGACGUUGGAUCUGGCCAACAACAAGAUCAAGAAGAUUCAGAACAUGGAUCACCUGGAGUGUCUCGAAGAAUUUUGGAUGAACAAUAACGAGAUUGAAGACUGGAACACGUUGGAGGGCCUGACGGCGAACAAGAAGCUGCAGACCGUGUAUCUGGAGCACAAUCCCAUCGCGAAGGAUCCGAAUUACAGAAGGAAGGUCAUGUUACUACUGCCGUGGCUCGAGCAGCUGGACGCGACGCUCUGCAAGCGGAAAACGGGCUAACGGUGGCGGGAGUAACACUAAGUCGAGCGCAGCAGUAAGCAUGAUUCGAGAAAGUAUCCAUUGUCCACGGAGGAUCCAAUCCACGUGGCGCAACGCGAACAAACCUAUCGUUACGACCACCUUUUGUAGGCCCAGGUACACGCGAAGGCUUUAUGAUGUAAGAUUAAGGAUAUCGCUUGUGUAUCAAACACACUUUGCAGGUGUUCGCUCAUCAUGGAACCGACUAAUGUUAAAAUUUAUUUAAUAGUUUACUCUUCUCUCUCUCUCUCAAUGUUUCCCUCACCCUGGGUGAAAAAUGCGAGAGAUAAUAGAUCCUUGUCGUUGACACACACUCUACUUCAAGCGAGUCUUAACAUGCGUAUGUACUUCCGCUUCCUCUAGUCUAAUCGUAUACUACACUAUGCAUUUGCGUUGGAACUUGUCACACUCCCUGCAUGCGUAUCACCACGAGAAUGGGGUAAUUCCUUUGGUAUCUUUAUUAUCUGUAAAACGAUCUAUUUUCUUGGAAGGUAUAUAUAUUCUUUAUAAUCAAGAUUAAUACAUAUAUUGUUAUAAGAGCGAAAUAUAUAAAUAUAUAUAAUUUAUAUUCAUUUUACAGCAGCAUAAGGGAAAGCUUUUUUGUAAUCGCUACUCCGUUGAGCUGCCUUGAGAAUAAUCACUGUAACACUGUAACCGUACGAAGCGUUUUAAGCAUAAAAAUAAACUACUUGAAUGUCUCGAA